GACCAACCGACCCGCAGGCACCCGCUGUUCUCAUCAACUGAUGCCACCUGAGUGAGGUCCGUAAUGAGUUCAGACUUUCCCCCUCCGGCGCUGAGGGAGGCUGCUUCCAGAGUGGCCAGCCUUCUCCGCGACCGCGACGAGACCAUCUCAGUCGCCGAGACAGCCGCGGGAGGGCUCAUCUCUGCUGCGCUGCUGGCUACUCCCGGCGCUUCCAAGGUGUAUAGAGGUGGUGCCACCCUGUACACCCUCGAGUCACGAAUCGCCUUCGGCGGCUGGACUCAGGCCAACAUCGACAAUUACAGCGGUCCUAGCCCUGAUCUGGUGGCGGGCCUCGCCACGCACCUUCGUCACACCCUGGCCUCCACUUACGCCGUUGCUGAGAGCGGCACUGCCGGCCCAACCGCCCCAAGGCAGUCUGCAAAUGGGCAGCCCGGUUACGUCGCCCUGGCUGUCGUGAGUGAGAACGAAACCCUGGCCAGGGACUUGGAUACUGGCCUCGGAGGGGACAGAUCAGCAAAUAUGGUCGCAUUCGCAGUAGAAGCACUCAGGCUCGUGGAGGAACUGAUCAACAAAAGCUCGUCACAACAUGGCAAAAUCUGAUCUCGUCUUCCAAGGUUGUCACCUGCGCGAACAAAGCCGCAGCCCCUCCCCACGUGCUAUCUGGUCACCACGCCGCUGGGGAUAUUGAGCCUGGGAAAGAUGUAGAUCACGCGAGAUUCCUACGCCGAAUCCUAUACUUCUAUACCGGAAGAGGUGGCUUCACCUUUUGCUUCUGGCUUCCACAUGUCGACUCUCUCUAGCUUCACCUGCAAUUUCGGCUUUUUGUUUAUUGCAUGUCGCUGUUCUGUUUGCCAUUGGCAAUCACCUUGACCGUUGAGAUUGGAAGAUCUUGUGACGGCCACAUCAACUGAGGUCAACUUGAUGAGUGAGUAUCAAUGAUUACUUAGGUAUCUGUGGCCCUUCGGUCCGAGGAGUCCACCGGGCAGCACUUGCAGCAUGUGAGAUGGUAUAAAGUAAGUCAAUAGGCUCCCGUGACGCUAGGCAAGAAUGCCGCUCCUUUGGAUUGAUUAUUCUACCUAGGUACCUAGGUAGUCUUUUACUUGCUAAAGUGAGUAGCCGGCCGGGCAGGGCGGGGGAUAGUAAUCUCGCCUGCUACUACAAAUCUCUUCCCACUGGUUUCGUUUCUA